AUGGACCUUUCUUUCAAUUCAUUCUUGAUUUUCAUCAUCUUCUUCUUCUCCUUUGUAGCUUCUAACCCUUCCGAUUCAUCUUUCAAAACCACCUACGAUCGUCUCUGCAAUGACAUCGUCCCCGCCCCCGCCUCCUCGCCGUCUGCCGACGCUCAAACCACCCCUGGCAUCGCCGAAUCUCUCUACUUUCAGUCCGAUUACUUCUCCGGCGGCGAUCCACUUUUCAACGCUUCCGCCGACUCAAACUUCUUCAAACACGUUGCGUUCCGCGUGAAUUCCGCUAGAAUUGCGACCGACGGUGUUUAUCAAUUGGUAGGGAGAGUAAGUCUCUGGCUGACGGGAGUGGGGUCCACUCCCGGGAUGAGGGUUUAUCCCGGACGGAGACUUUCGCUGAGGAUGCGUGUUUCUGUGAAUGGCUUUUGGUCCCAAUCUUCUGGUAAGCUUUGUAUGUUUGGGAAAGGAUCUUAUGGUAGUAGAAACAAUAUGCGAAAUGUUAAUGUUGUUGUUAAGCUACGUUACCCGAUUCGUGUUACCAUUUUCGAUAGUUUGAUUAUUGGAACUAUAGAAAGAUUUGACGAAGUUAAUAGCUUGGAUUAUUUUAAACCUGUUUCGAUAUUGGCUUUAUCGCGGAGUUCGCGUUACGAUUUUACAAUGGGUGGGAUAAAGAAUGAUAGUUUUUGUGGAGCGGGAUCGAAUGAGGAGAGUUUGAGCCUUGGAGAUUUGAAUAAUGAUGCCUGUUCUGUGUUUCUUCGACAUAGGGAUAGGUUUCGACUUGAAUAUGGGAGUCAUUGUCGUAAUGUUAGUUGCAAUCCGUUUGGUGGUGAUGGUGUUGUGAAGUUGCCUGAUUUUAUGGGUUUCUAUGGUACUCGGUGCGUGGAAAGAAGGAAGAUUCAAAUGCUGUUGGAUUUUCGUAGUUUGGAUAAUAGUGAUUUGGUGUUUCUGUCUCGUCCGAAUACGACAUAUAUAUCUGAGGGGGUGUGGGACGAGAAGGAGAAUCGGCUUUGUGCAGUUGCGUGCCGAAUUUUGAACAUCACGGGAUCUCCUUAUGUUGGAGAUUGCUCAAUUAAGCUUACGUUAAGGUUUCCUGCUGUGUUGUCUUUGAGAAACAGGAGUUCUGUUUUGGGCCGGAUAUGGAGUGAUAAACUUGUUGGUGAACCUGGCUACUUCGGCAGCGUGGGAUUUGAAGGUAUGUGGAAGAGAUCGGGAAGUUUCCCUGGUUUAAAGUACAAGUAUACUGAAAUUGACAGAGUAAGAAAGUCUUGUGCCGAAAAGGUGACUCCUAUAGGAAAAGGAAAGAGCUAUCCAGAUGGACAUUCUUCAGAUACAGCAUUUAGCAUGGUUGUGACAAAUAGUGAAGGGCAAGUAACUCAAGGUUACUCAUCACCACUGUUUGUUGGUGAUCAAAGUUAUGACGGACUGCCUUAUGGGGUUCCAUUUAUUCCGCCGAAUGGUGGAAACUUGAAAGCACACGGUUUUCAUUACAGCAAUUCAUUGAAUGUCAGUUAUACGUUUUUGCUUAACCCUUCUUCUGAUUUUAAGUUUGGUAAUGAGGUCGCAUCAACAGAAGUUAAGAUUAGUGCUGAAGGAUUGUACAACAGAGAAACUGGAGUAAUGUGUCUGAUUGGGUGUCGGCAUUUGAGAAGAAAUGACAAAUUAAUGAUGAAGAAUGAGUCUCUGGACUGUGAAAUCAUGAUUAAUGUACAGUUUCCUCCAUUGGAUGCAAAAGGAGGUGAAUCUGUUAAAGGGACUAUAGAAAGCACGCGACCAAAGGCAGAUUCUUACUAUUUUGAACCCUUUCAGUUGUCUUCAUAUUCUAUAACCAGAAGACAAGCAGACGACUCCAUUUGGAGAAUGGACCUUGAGAUCGUUAUGGUAAUGAUAUCAAACACACUUGCUUGCGUGUUUGUAGGAUUGCAACUCCUCCAUGUGAAAAAGCACACAGAAGCACUUCCUCGCAUUUCCAUUGUGAUGCUUCUAUUUAUCACUCUAGGUCACAUGAUUCCCCUGAUGCUGAACUUUGAAGCCUUAUUCAAGGUGAAUCAUAAUACUGUGCAGGAUGCUUUUCUCGGGAGCGGCGGCUGGCUUGAAGUGAAGGAAGUAGUCGUGCGAAUGGUGACAAUGGUAGCUUUUCUUCUAGAGUUGCGACUUCUACAAUUGACUUGGUCUUCAAGACAGACUGAAGAAAGCCAACCUCAACCAGGUUUAUGGGUUUCUGAAAAAUGGGUUCUAUUUAUUAUUCUACCACUGUAUUUUUGCGGUGGGCUAACUGCAUGCUUCGUGCAUAUAUGGAAGAAUUAUCGCCAGAAAAGGUCUCGACCGUUCCGUCUCUCACGCCACAGGUUUAAGACUCCUCGUCGACAUUUUAAUCAACUUCCAUCACUCUGGGAAGACUUGAAAUCGUAUGCUGGUUUACUCCAAGACGGGUUUCUGCUCCCACAAAUUCUGUUCAACAUAUUGUCGAACUCAGAAGAAAAAGCUUUAGCAUCUUCGUUCUAUUUCGGAACAACCAUUGUUCGCAUACUGCCACACGCAUACGAUCUUUAUAGAGCUAACAGUUCUGCAUUGCACCUUGGUAUAUCAUACAUAUAUGCAGACCAUAGUAUGGAUUUUUAUUCAACAGCUUGGGACAUUGUAAUUCCAAGUGUUGCUCUUUUAUUUGCUUUACUUGUAUUCUUUCAGCAAAGAUUUGGUAGCCGCUGCUUUCUUCCAAAGAGGUUCAGAGAAACUUCUGCAUAUGAGAAAGUACCUGUUAUUGGUAAUGACAAUUUGUGA